ACUUGCAGUGAUUUUUUUAAAGUGGAAAAACUACAAAGCAUGGCAUUACAAUCAAUAUUUUUUUGUUCAUAAAAAGCUUUCGUACGGUUACGCAAGGAAUUUACACAUCGCGCCGCAUCCAUUACCUGCUUUACACAGACUAUUUGUAUACGAUUUCGCACUGUGCUUAAACAAACAAAAAAUAUACAGUUUCUUGCACCCUGUGCAUAAACGAUGUGUUCCGAAGCAGGAUUCCACUAUCGUGCGCUGUUCGAGUACAAGAAGGGCCGUGGGGAUGACAUUUCUCUGCAGCCCGGUGACAUCCUCACUGUUAAUAAAGCGACUCUGCUGACGGCUGACUACCAGGAGGGGGACGAGAGAAGCCCAAGGGGGUGGCUCAACGGGACAAACGAAAGGACCAAGGACAACGGAGACUUCCCCGGCACUUACGUGGAGUAUGUUGGACCCGUAAGGGUAGUUCCGACGAACCCAAAGCCCAGACCAAGGCCGGUUCCCCCAACGCCGGUCGGCACCUCCGCGCAGGGACCCAGUCAGGCGGGCAGUUCCUUGGGGCAGGCUCAUCUUCCAGAGCCGCUGACUCUCCCGGAUCAGGCGCCCGUGGUGGUGAUGAGAAUUAUAGAGGCGUUGGAGAGACCGGGUGGAGAGGGCGAGUCUCUAUAUAGAUCUCCUCCUGGCUCCUCCUGCAGCACGGAGCUCCAGCAGGCUCUGGAUGCAGACCCCACCGCAGUGGAUUUGGACCAAUAUGAUCCUCCCACCAUGGCGGAGGCUCUGAAAUGUUACCUGCAGGCUCUGCCGUCGCCAGUCAUUCCAGCAGAGAUGUACAGUGAACUGGUCUACACUGCACAAGAAAUGCAGAGCGUGGAGGAGUGCGGGCAGCAGCUGAAGAGGAUCCUGGAGUCUCCCAGCCUGCCCCAGCAGAACCGUCUUGUGCUCCAGCACUUAACCCGGCACUGGUGCAAACUGAGCCAGAACUCCAGCAGAACACACCUGACACCCAGGCAACUGGGAGAGCUCUUCAGCGAGCUCCUCUUCAAGCCGUCCCUGUCAAGUGCUGAUGUAAACCCAGAGCACCAUGUCAAAAUUAUUGAGGCUGUCAUUGUGGCUGGAGGGCUGGCAGAACUGCAGGCUGCCCCAGCUCUUCCUCCAAAGCCACCUAAACCAGUGACUCCAGUCAGCACAAAUGGGAUUAAGGACACAGCCAGCAUAUCGCUGCAGGAAGCAGAGUGGUACUGGGGAGACAUAUCUAGGGAGGAGGUAAAUGAUAAACUGCGGGACAUGCCCGACGGGACCUUCUUGGUCCGGGACGCCUCUACAAAGAUGCAGGGAGACUACACACUAACCCUAAGGAAGGGAGGCAAUAACAAGCUGAUAAAGAUCUACCACAGAGACGGACAGUAUGGCUUCUCCGAUCCUCUGACCUUCAACUCUGUGGUGGAGCUGAUCAACCAUUACCGACACGAGUCUCUCGCCCAGUAUAACCCCAAACUAGAUGUGAAGCUCAUGUACCCCGUCUCCAGGUAUCAGCAGGAUCAGUUGGUAAAAGAAGACAAUAUAGACGCUGUUGGAAAGAAACUCCAGGAAUAUCAUAAUCAAUAUCAGGAAAAGAGUAAGGAAUAUGAUCGGCUAUAUGAAGAGUACACAAGGACCUCGCAGGAAAUCCAGAUGAAGAGAACGGCCAUUGAGGCUUUCAAUGAAACUAUUAAGAUUUUCGAGGAGCAAUGCCUCACGCAGGAACGCUACAGUAAAGAGUACAUUGAGCGAUUCCGAAGGGAGGGGAAUGACAAGGAGAUAGAAAGAAUCAUGAUUAACUACGAAAAGCUUAAGUCCCGUCUGGGUGAGAUCCACGACAGUAAGAUACGCCUGGAGCAGGAUUUAAAGAAACAGGCACUGGACAACCGAGAGACAGACAAGAAGAUGAACAGCCUUAAACCGGACCUCAUCCAGCUCCGCAAGAUCAGGGAUCAGUAUCUUGUCUGGCUCAAUCACAAAGGGGUACGUCAGAAACAAAUUAACGACUGGCUCGGAAUCAAAAAUGAAAACGUUGACGACACCUACUUUGUAAACGAGGAGGAUGAGAAUCUGCCUCACUACGACGAGAAUUGCUGGUUCGUGGGGGAUCUGAACCGGACGCAAUCAGAGGACCUUCUCUGCGGAAAACCAGACGGAGCCUUCUUAAUCCGAGAGAGCAGUAAGAAGGGCUGCUACGCCUGCUCCGUGGUUGUAGAUGGAGAGGUGAAACACUGUGUAAUAUACAGCAGCACGCGGGGCUAUGGCUUCGCAGAGCCCUAUAACCUGUACAGCACUCUCAAAGACCUGGUACUACACUACCAGCACACUUCUCUGGUCCAGCACAACGACUCUCUCAAUGUGCGGCUGGCAUACCCCGUCUACGCACAAAUGCCCUCCCUCCGCAGAUGAAAAGAAACCAGAACUUACACACGAGUCAGCCACCUUUUUGGAGUUUUAUAUUUUUUACUAGAACAAUCGGAGGGCAUUCUUUCUAAAGACUGCUUGAUUUGCACAUGGAAGUUUUGAAGUUCUGUGAAAUGGAAACAUGCCGCCGCAGAGACUCGCGAGAGGCACGUCUCGACCCCAGUUCAGGUGAACCUGGUGCUCCCUAAACUUUAGCUGGGACUUGUUUAUUUUUUUCCCUCCUUUUUUGGGCAACGGAAUAAAAGAAGGAAAAUGGUAGUCUAUGUUGGCGUACACAAUACAGCAGAUUCUAUCCUCCAGGUGUUUGUAUCACUGACUCAUUGCUGCUGAAUUUGAGGAGUUGUAGUCUUAAGCAACAAGAGGCUGACUGGAGUGUGAGCGUUGUUUUUUGGGAGAGGGGGGUGGCUUUUAGUUUAGUAAACUGCAACUCGGCUGGACUUUUAAGUGUCUGGUUUUCCUUCAAAAGAAAACAAGAUAGCACUUCAUCAUUAAAGUGGAAGAAAAGGAGACCAAAGGAAUCGUCAGAAUUCAGAUAAAAAAUUUAAUUAAAAAAAUAACAAAAAAAAACAAACAGCAAUGAAAACACAGAUGGUUUAUUUUGUACCGAACAUAAAACAAAGUUUUGGCUUCGUGCAGCACUAUUUAAAAAAAAAAAAAAAAAAACUCUUAAGAAAAUGUAUUCUUAACCAAAACGUACCCACCAAAACUUUGUUCAUUGUCGGUUCUAAGCACUUAAUUACAAAAUAAUAAAAAUGUUUGUUUACAGCCGCACAUUUCAACACCAAACUUUUAAAGAGAAAAAAGGUUUUCUGUGUAGUUAAGAAAAAAAAAAAAGCUGUUGUCUCCUUUUUAUUACAAUUGUAGAAUUGUUUUGUUAUGGUCUGUAUUGCUAAAAUAAAUUUAAUUUGAAUUAUCAGAUACCAGUAUAAAAUGAAGCAGGUACUAAGGUUGUUGAUUUAAAAGAAAGGAAAAAAGUUUAUAUUUAAUAAGACGGAAAGCAAUAUAGAAAUGCAAGCCAGAGCUUCUGGAUGGUGGGGUAUUGGUCUACUUUUGAAAGAUAUGCUGUUUUAUUUUGCAUAUUGGUACAAAAUGGGAGUUUUACAUAGUGCAUAAUUACACUGCUGACUUUGUAACCAGCACUAUUUAUUUUUAUUUUUUUUAACAAUUCUGUUAGAAUGAUGCUUACUGUUUUGCAGUUAACAAGUAGCCUAUCUAUGUAUUCCAGAUUAGAAACACUUUGUUCAUUUACUUUGUUAAAGGCUUGUUUUGCAAGAGCCUGUUAUUAGGUCGGUUCCAGUGAGGAUCACAUGCAUUUGCAAACCUGGUUACAAAGUCAGACCGCAUUCAGAAUGCCAUGAAGGGAUUCAGAAUGCCACGAGGGGCUGAAUUAACUUCCUUGCUAAUGAUUCAGUGGAAAUAAUAUCAAUCUAGAUGGGGCCCCGCUCUAAACCAGACAAAUUGUAGAAACCCAAAACUACCAAAAUGCUAGAAGUUUUGCUUAAGGAAAAAAAAAUGGUAUUCUUUGGAAAUCCCAUUUUGAAAGGCCAAUAUAAAGUGUAAACUCUCUGUCCAGAAGUAUGUUCUUGUUGACUAGUUAUUGUUUUACAGUAUGUGUGUGUAUAUAUAUAUAUAUAUAUAUAUAUAUAUAUAUAUAUAUAUAUAUAUAUAUAUAUAUAUAUUAGUUUUAUAGUUUUUACAGCUUAAUGCACUAUGAGCUAAUAUGGACUGGAUUUUAACGGGGGGUAUAAUAAUGAGACUCCAGGCAGCGGAUUGUGUUGGUGCAAACCUCCUUUGUGUUUUUGUGGUAGGAGCAGUGGUCUUUUUGUAUGGUAUACAUUUACUCCAGCCCUUUUUAACCCUAGCUCCCUUUUGGAUAUUGCUGUAAUAAGACAACUUGCUUGUUGGGUUUUUUUCAGUACAGUAGAUGUCUACAACAGAGGGGGGGGGGGGGGGGGGGGGGUACCACUGUUUUCAAAGCAAAUUUUUUGUGACCUGCAGAUACAGAGCCUGGUGACUGUGUAGGCCUCUGUUGUCUAGCAGUCUCAAAUGAAACCCUUUUGAAUGUGCUGGAAUACCUUACAUGAUCUACUCUGCUGCUGUGAUUGGAUGUGUGUUUUGUAUGUUGGGUGUAAGCAGUGCCUCAUGCAGAUUGUCUUGGAUAGCAUGUUUAAGUGGAGGAACAUAAACAGGAGGAAGCUGAUCUGUGCUGGAAUGCACGCCAUGACAGAUGCUGUUACUGUCAGUCUCCUUUUUGUUGAAGAGGAGCUUUCACUAUAUCUGUAUAGUGGAAACAAAUCUUCUUAAACAUGAAUCUGACCUCUCCAAACAAUACAAAAAAGACCCUUUUAAGCUCAGUUCAUGAUUAAAAUGAUGAUCAUCCUUCUAUUCCCCUACCCCCAGAAAACAAGUUGUAGCAGCCGCGUGUUGCGUGCUCUUUAGAAGAAUAAGCAGAGCAGUGUUGCUACAUGAUUCCACCCCAGUGGGCUACACUGUGUCACUGCCUCUGCCUCUAGAAUUCUGGCAAAAUGUUCACUGUGCAAACCACUGGAAACUAGCCAGGUGUUUCCAUGGAUGCUGUCCUGACUUUCUAGAGCUGUUACAUAAAUGAAAAACAUUUUUUUUUUCUUUCUUUCCUUGAGUGUUUAUGCAGGGCAUCAAAGAAAUCAGCCUGCUUUCUUUUACUUGAACAAUUGCUUGUUGAAAUGUCUUUUUUUUUUUUAAAUUUUUUUGCUCUGUAUGCAUAAGAGUCCUGUAAACAUGAAUGACAUGUGUAGUGUUGGGCAUUUCAAGGAACAUAAUUGCUGUACUGAGUUUGAGCCCCCUAAUGUAAAUGGUUAUAAAGUAUACUACUAAAAAAAGAAAACUUUCUAAUUCCGAUCUUCAACAAUGCACUAGGUGCCUGUGUGACUUGAGCUACCAUUAUACACUAGCAAACCACAACCUGCCUUUUAACACUAAAAAUCGCCAGCCUUGUGUGUGUUUGUUUUUUUUGGUCAGUAUUUUAUUUGCACAUUUAAGCUAGACUGAGCAGUCAGUUCUCUUUUGUUUCUUUCUUUUUUUAUGAACGAUUGUCGUUCUCUGCGGGGCAGAAAGCGUUAUGAUUUGUGCUGAUGAGUGGGUUAUUGGUUUUCCUGUUAUCUGUAAUAAACAAGUAAGUAGCAGUACCUUUUUUUGGGGGGGGGGGGGGCAGCGGUCAAAUGAGUUAAUGUCCUGGGACAGCAGACGGAAUGUAAUCUUGGUUUUAAGGAAAGAUUGGAACCUUGCUUGAUUUUGAGGGUGUUUGUCACUUGGGUGAACCUGCCAGUCAUCCGUUGUAUUUGGUGAGAACCACAAACCAAGCUGCAACAAGAUAUGUUUUGUUUGGUUUUUUUGUGAAUUUUUUGGAGAAAAAGGGAUGCUGCAUUUAUUUCCGUAUUUUUCAUGAAAGAAAAUCCUGGCUGACGACCUCUUUCUGCAUAUUUACAAAAUCCCAGCAUGUAUCUUUGGUACUCUUGACUGUUGUUGUUUUUUUUUUUUUUUUUUUUUGUAAUAAUAAAAAAAAAAAAAAAAAAAAAAAAAAAAUUCUGCUGUCUGUUAAUGGUGUAGUCGAAAUUAAUUCAUUUUAGCUAGCUAGAGAUACAGAGAGAUAACGAGAAUGUGAAACAGAGAAAGAGCCUAUGUUGCCUAUAGAUAUAAGUACAGUACAAAGUUAUGAAACAAAACCAUUCCACUCUCUAUGGUAGGCGUACUAGCCAAAGAGACGCAUGUGGUAAAAUUGGCAAGAACAGCCCUUAUACAGUACUAACCAAGCACAGGGAUAAAAGAAACGGAACGUUGCAGAACUAGCAAGCUGGUUCAAGGGAAAGGGUCGAGGCAUCCACAAAUACAAAAUUAUACAUAGGCUUUAACCAGGACUGUGAACUCUUAAAGUAAACCUUCAACAACUUUCCACCAUUGAAAAUGUUAUUAAGAUAGGAAUACAUUAAACCACCUACACAGGUUUCAAACAAAACACACACACACACACACACACACACACAAACACAACCAGCAAGAUUACAAGAGCACAGAGAUUACAGGCAGGGUGAGCUAUAGCUAGGCCUCCACAUUCACAGAUUCCUGACCAGGCUCUGUUCUAAUCCAAUCUUCUUCCCUUAAGAAGAUACACUAUGGCAUACACUUUAACGUGUCUUGUAACAUGCGCUGCAGACCAGUUCAAGAACUACCUUUUCUUCUUUCUGGCCUCCCAGCCAACAACUGUGUAGACAGGUAAUCUGAUCAUCUUGUUUCAAUACAUUUUUCUUUUAAAAAGGCUUGCUCUUGGUGUCAAAACAGUGUUUUCUUCAGGUGUCAUUCAUUGACAUCACGUUACAGAUUUUUCAUCUGUUGCAAUAGUUUGUAUUGGUUUUAGAAAAUCUCCAUGCUUUCUGGGGCGAAAUGAUGUAUAUCAUUGACAGAACUCCACAAUACUCAUCUGUCUUGCAGAAUAAAAGAUAAAAAGGUACGU